GACAGAAAGGAGCAACAAGCUCAUGUCAAGGAGAAGCCUCAAAAGAUUCUCAAGAGAAACUCAAACACCUCAAUUCUGCCUCCAAAUCCCAGAAACCACAGCAAUUCAUAUGACCAAUAUCUCACAAACACGUCCAGAUCACAUUUUAACUGAAAAUCACAAGAAAAGCUAUUUUGUAUAACCUGUUUUUAUUAUUAUUUUUUUGUUGCAUUGUGACUUAAAUUUUAUGACAAUUAAGCAAAUUAUCCCCUUAAUGCCCAUUACUGCAUUGAAAAAUUUUAGUCGGAGGCGCGGCUGUGUUGUUUAAACAUGCUUGAGACGCGGGCGAGGGAGACGAGCCGGUGCGCCGGUCAAACUUCAUUGGCGCGGCUUUCAAACAGUGCUGCUGAGCAUUCAUCUUGCGAAUCUCCGCUUUCUUCCUAACAAAAUGGUCGAACUACAUCUCCUCACCCGCACAAACAAGGACUUUUCAACCUCUGCUGCCUUGUGCUUCACAGAAACCUGGCUGAGUAAGGCCAUUCCGGACAGAGCGUUACAUCUGCCGGGCUUUCAGUUGUUCAGAGCGAAUCACAUCACGGAGUUAACGGGGAAAACGAGAGGCGGUGGAACAUGCUUUUACAUCAAUGAAAAUUGGUGUACAGAUGUAACAACGUUAAAGAGGAUGUGCUGUCCUAAUUUGGAAGCACUCUUUAUUAACUGUAAGCCUUUCUACUCGCCACAGGAGUUUUCCUCGUUUAUUCUGGUGAGUGUGUAUAUCUCGCCAAAUGUGAGUUUGAACACAGCACUGCAACAGCUGGCUGAUCAAAUCACAGACAUGGAACAACAAUACCCGGACUCAGUUAUUAUUAUUCUUGGGGAUUUUAACAAAGCAAACCUCACACGUGAACUGCCCAAAUACAAACAGCACAUUACAUGCCCCACCAGAGACAGGAACAUACUGGAUCAUUGCUACACAACAAUAAAGGAUGCAUAUCGCUCUGUCCCUAGAGCAUCUUUGGGACUCUCUGAUCACUGUCUGAUUCAUCUUCUUCCAACCUACAGGGAGAAGUUAAAAUCAGCCAAGCCAGUAGUAAGGACUGUAAAGAGAUGGACCAAUGAAGCAGAGCUGGAACUACAAGCCUGCUUCGAUUGCACUGAUUGGAGUGUUUCUGAAGCUGCAGCCACAGACCUGGACGAGCUCACAGAUACUGUGACAUCAUAUAUCAGUUUCUGUGAGGAUAUGUGCAUUCCUACUAGGACUUAUUUAACAUUUAACAACAACAAACCAUGGUUUACAGCAGAACUCAGGCAGCUUCGUAAGGCCGAAGAUGAUGCUAACAGAGUUGGGGGAUAAAGUCUUGUACAAUCAGGCCAGGAACACGCCGAAUAAGAAAUCAGAGUGGCUAAAAGAAGAUACUCUGAGAAGCUGAAAAACAAGUUUUCAGCUAACGACCCUGCAUCAGUAUGGAGUGGCAUGAAACAACUUACGAAUUACAGGACUCCUACCUCCAACCCUGUGGUGGACCAACAACUGGCUGAUGACCUGAAUGUGUUCUACUGUAGAUUUGAAAGGCCCAAUCUCACACCCCACACCCACUCUGAUCUUCACUUCACACAAACACCAACACCUCCUGCAACACCCCUCCUCCCCCCUCCUGCUACUCAACAUGCACUUAAGAUCUGUGAAGAUGAUGUGAGCUGCAUCUUUCGGAAACAAAAGACGAGGAAAGCUUCAGGCCCAGAUGGCGUCUCACCAGCGUGUUUUCGAUCCUGUGCUAACCAGCUGGCCCCCAUCUUCACACAGAUCUUCAAUAGAUCACUGGAGCAGUGUGAAGUCCCAUGCUGCUUCAAACGCUCAAUCAUUAUUCCUGUCCCAAAGAAACCAAAAAUCACAGAACUUAAUGACUACAAACCUGUCGCCCUGACGUCUGUGGUCAUGAAAUCAUUUGAGAGACUGAUGUUGGCCCACCUGAAGAACAUCACUGGACCCUUUCUAGAUCCCCUUCAAUUUGCUUAUUGAGCAAACAGGUCUGUGGAUGAUGCAGUCAACAUGGGAUUGCAUCAUAUCCUGCAACAUCUGGACAGACCAGGGACAUAUGCAAGGAUCCUUUUUGUGGACUUCAGUUCGGCUUUCAAUACCAUCAUCCCAGCUAUACUCCAGACUAAAUUACACCAACUCUCUGUUCCCAUGUCUAUCUGUCAGUGGAUUACCAGCAUUCUGAUGGACAGACAGCAGCUUCUGAGACAGGGGAAACUCACUUCCAGCACCUGUACAAUCAGCACUGGUGCCCCCCAGGGAUGUGUGCUCUCCCCACUACUCUUUUCCCUCUACACCAAUGACUGCAUCGCCAAGGACCCCUCUGUCAAGCUCCUGAAGUUUGCAGAUGACACCACUGUCAUCGGCCUCAUCCGAGAUGAUGAGUCUGCAUACAGAAGGGAGGUUGAACAGCUGGCUGUCUGGUGCAGUCAAAACAACCUUGAGCUGAACACGCUCAAAGCGGUGGAGAUGAUUGUGGACUUUAGGAGGAACACCCCAACACUGACCCCCCCUCACCAUUCUAAACAGCACUGUGGCAGCAGUGUAGUCAUUCAGGUUCCUGGGCACUACCAUCUCACAGGACCUGAAGUGGGAGACCCACAUUGACUCCAUUGUGAAAAAGGCCCAGCAGAGGUUGUACUUCCUUCGCCAGCUGAGGAAGUUCAACCUGCCACAGGCGCUGCUGAUACAGUUCUACUCAGCAGUCAUUGAGUCUGUCCUCUGCACUUCUAUAACUGUCUGGAUUGGUUCAGCUAUGAAAUCAGACAUCAGAAGACUACAAAGGACAGUUCGGACUGCUGAGAGGAUUAUUGGUUGCCCCCUGCCCCCCUUUCAAGAACAAGUAUUUUGGCUUCACUAUACGCAACACAUAAUUUAAAUGAAUAAAAACCGACUGAAUACGCUGAUAAACAUGAUGUCCACAUACUUGGAAAUUGGCACCACAUUUCCUUAAAUGUAGAAAAAAACAUUUUAGUUUUCUGAAUAACUUUCAACAUUAACACAUAUGUGCUUCAUUUUAAUAUACAUUUUACUUUAUUUACAUUUAUCAGAUGCUUUUAUCCAAAGUGACUUACAGUGCACUUAUUACAAGGACAACCUGGAGUUAAGUGCCUUGCUCAAGGACACACUAGUUAUGUGCUUUUGCCCAGUCCACCGCUGCCGCCACCACACACCACACCACCACUGGAAUUUUUUUGCUUGUUUAUCAUGUGCUAUAUAUUAUGUGAGAUUCAUCCAUAAAACAAACAACUCAUCCCAGAAAAUUCCUGUGGCAUGACGCUGUUUAAUGGCUGCUAAUAUUAAAGCUCAUGGAACAGUUUAAUGAAGACGACAUUGAAAUGUGAAAGUGCACAAGCUGAUUUUUUGUGGCUAUAUAUAUUAUUAUGCAUCAGAACACAGAUGACAAAUAGAUGCUGUUAUAUACCAUAUUUAUAUUUAUUUAGUAAUGUAACACAUUUAUUAGAAAUGAAAACUCAGGGACAGAUACUUUGGAAUUGUUUACAACUGGAACUGUCACCUUCUGAUUUAAUGUACAGUGGUUUGUGCUGUUCAGGUAAUUAUUGUUUAUAUGUACAUCAGCGUUGAAACAACAUAAACAAACUUGGUUCAUUCUCAAAUCGUGCUGAUCAUCAGGUUUUAUUCAUGUCAGCUCGAGUGCACUUAAAUUGUUGUGCUGAUAAUAUAAUUUCUAAUUAAACAUUUUGUAUUAAAUUACAAAUAUGGAAGCAUUUUCACCAGUAGUCUCAGACUUUUGGACCCCACUGUAUUUAAAUCUAAUGCAAGUUGAUUGCAGUAUAAAUUAAGUAUAUUGUCACAGUAACUAUUAUCAAUGAUUUUCACUUCCCGAGUUUGAACAGUUGACAUUCAGUAAAUCUGUGCCUCUCACUUUACUAAUGUUUUAAUCCUGAGAAAUCACCUUUUUAAUAUGGAGAUAAUCAUACUGCAAGACUAAAGUUUAUUCAUUUCAAUAUUAUUUCACAAAAAUACGGUUUUCAAGAAAUACUGUAUUUACAAAUAUUUAAGGUAGUAUAAAAAAGAAAACGUGGUGAAAAGACUCUCCUGAAGCAAACCAUUCUUCACUCUACAAAUGUAAUUUGUAGAUUACCUGCAUUUAUAUAUAAAAUCUGGUUUGAUCUUCAUCUGAGUUACCAUAAUAAACAAACACAAUCUGUUUUAACUAAAAACACACACAUUAUUGUAUUGUUCUUGUACAUAUUGAAUACAUCAUUCAAACAUUCACAGUGUAGGUUGGAAUAAGUAAGUUAACCCCAAGGCUAAUGAUGUCAACAAAAGCUAAUUAGAGUCAGGAGUCGGCAAACCUGGCAUCUGAUUAAUGAAACGAGAUUAGAGGUGUGGGUUAGAGCUACUUUGACUUAUAAAAAGCACUCAAACAAUUUGAGUUUGCUAUUCACAAGAAGCAUCUUGCCUCGCAAAAAAGAGAUCUGUGAAGACCUACGAUCAAGAAUUGUUGCUUUGCAUAAAGCUGGAAAGGGUUACAAAGUUAUCUCGAAGAGCUUAGAUAUUCAUCUGUCCACAGUUAGACAAACUGUCUAUAAAUGGAGAUGAUUUAGUACUAUAGGUACUCUCACUAGAAGUGGCCGUCCAGUCAAGAUGACUCAAAGGGAACACCGCAGAAUGCUCAAUGAGGUAAAAAAGAACCCUAAAGUGACAGAUAAAGACUUGAAGGAAUCAUUGGAACUGGUUUACAUCUCUGUUCAUGAGUCUACUAUACAGAAAAUAUUAAACAGGCACAUUGUGUUUGUCUAUACUUGUAACUUUGAUGAAGAUAUGAUCGGAUUUAAUGAUCUAUUAAUACAGAAAACUAGCUAAUUCCAAAGGGUUCACAUACUUUUUCUUGCCACUGUAUGUAUCCUUGCAUGUGGAAUAGUCUAUUUUAAAUCAUUCCAAAAGAUAAAAAAAAGGAAUGUGUAUUCUAAAUGAGAGAAUAUCUUAAAAUUAACUGAAUUAAACUGAAUUGCAUUAUAGAAGUUUAAUAUAAAAAUGUGAGCAAAGAGUUAAUCACAAAGUUUGUGUGAAAGUUAGAAAGUAUCAUUAUCUAUAGAGG